AUGGUCAUUUUGAGGAACAGGAAGGAGACUACCAUGGUUGGUGAGCUCCUGUGUCUCCCGCAGGACAGCAGAGCUGGUCGCCUCUCAUUCUGUACAAAGGUGUGUUAUGGCAUUGGCGGGGUUCCCAACCAGGUGGCCUCAAGCGCCGUAGCCUUUUACCUGCAACUCUUCCUGCUUGAUGUGGCACAGAUCUCUGCUGCCCAGGUGUCACUUGUCCUGUUUGGAGGGAAGGUGUUUGGGGCAGCUGCCGACCCUCUGGCUGGGUUCUUCAUCAACAGAAGCAGGAGGACAGGGUCUGGACGACUCAUGCCCUGGGUGCUGGGCUGCAUGCCCUUCAUUGCCUUGGCCUACUUCUUCCUGUGGUACCUGUCCCCCUUCAACAGCCUGCGAGGCCUCUGGUACAUGACCUUCUACUACCUGUUCCAGGCUCUGGCCACGUUCUUCCAGGUGCCCUACACAGCGCUGAUCAUGCUCCUGACCCCCAACCCCAGGGAGCGGGACUCCGGCACUGCAUACCGGAUGACCAUGGAGAUGGCAGGGACACUGAUGGGCGCCACCAUCCAUGGACUCAUUGUGUCUGGUGCCCACGGGUCCCAAAGGUGUGAGGAGGCCACGUUCCCAGGGCAGGUGGCCGUUGCCCCCAGUGCGGCUCGUCUCUACUCCAUUGCAGCCGCUGUGGUUGCUGUGACUUACCCUGUGUGCAGUGGUUUGCUCUGCCUCGGCGUGAAGGAGCGACCAGACCCCUCUGCCACAGCCGCUGGCCAGGGCCUGAGCUUCCUGUCUGGGCUGUGCCUCACAGUCCGGCACCCGCCCUACCUGAAGCUGGUCAUCUCCUUCCUGUUCAUCUCAGCAGCCGUUCAGGUGGAGCAGAGCUACCUUGUCCUGUUCUGUACACACGCCUCCCGGCUACAUGACCAUGUCCAGAACGUGGUGCUAACCAUCCUGGUCUCAGCAGUCCUGAGCACCCCACUCUGGGAGUGGCUUCUACAGCGAUUUGGGAAGAGGAUGUCGGCCUUCGGUAUCUGUGGGAUAGUGCCGUUUGCAAUCCUGUUGGCUGCUGUGCCCACAGCACCCGUGGCGUAUGUCGUGGCCUUUGUGUCUGGCGUGAGCAUUGCUGUGUCCUUGCUGCUGCCCUGGUCCAUGCUUCCAGAUGUGGUGGAUGACUUCCAGCUGCAGCACCAGCACCAGCACGGCCCAGGGCUGGAGACCAUCUUCUACUCAUCCUAUGUCUUCUUCACCAAGCUUUCAGGCGCAGGCGCCCUGGGCAUCUCCACUCUCAGCCUGGACUUUGCGGGCUAUGAGGCAGGAGCCUGCAAGCAGGCGGAGCAGGUGGUGGUGACCCUCAAAGUCCUCAUCGGUGCCGUGCCUACCUGCAUGAUUCUCACCGGUGUGUGCAUCCUCAUGGUCGGCCCCACUCCAAAGGUGCCACGUCAGGACACCCCCCGCCCGCGGAGCCUUCGGAGGAGGACCAGCUACAGCCUCGCUUGAAUUGAGACUUCUGAGCCAGGACACAGGAGCAGCAUCUUCUGGGCUCCAAGUUCCCCUUUCAUCUCAGCCCUUCAGCAUCCUUGCUUCACAGUUUACACAUGAUCCAUCUUUUUCCCUGGGAUAUGGAGUCUUCAGUGACUCU